GGGGGGAGGAGGGGGGGAAGGAAGCCAUUUCCCCGUCGAUAAUAUGAGGGGAUUCCCAGCGCUUCCAGAGCUACGAAAAGAAGAUGGCUGUGAUGUACGAUAAGCAGGCGAACCCUGGUGUUUGAAGCGCGAUCAUCACCUGGAUACUAUUAUACAAAUACAAAUACAAAUACACUCUCGUGGCACCCACAAGAUAAACCCACCAUGGCGAUCCUCUCAACUCCUCUAGCCGCCGAGACCCCGCCCCACGAGAACCCCGUCCUCACCCAAAUUCUCACCCGCUCGCACACGACCACCACCGCGAUCGUCACCCUCGGCCGCGGCCCGACCCCGACCACCGAGCUGCCAACCUCGACCUCGACCACCGGCGCCGCCGCCGCGCCGCCCGUCACACCCCAGCACUCCCCCUCCCUGACCGGCAGCGAGAUCGGCGCGAUAGUAGGCUCCGUCCUCGGCUUCGCUGCCCUGGCCCUGCUGCUCUGGUGCUGCGUCGCCUCGUCGCGCCGCCGCCUCGGCACCACCACGGGGCCCUUGGGCGACGACGACGACGGGAGCUCCCUCGACGACGACGACAACAAUUACCACUACGAGGUGCGAGAGUACAAUCGGGCGUGGGCCGGGGCGGCGGCGGCGGGUCCGCGCCCCGUGGGCCCCCGGCUCGGGCCGUCGCUGGUGCCGCCUCCGCCGAGGUUCCCACCCACGCCGCGGUACACGCCGUACCGGCAGACGAGGCAGGCGCAGAUUCGCGGCGUGAAUCGGUACCCGUGAGGGGGGUCUGUGCUGGGGCGGUUCCGGGGCUGUGGUUUGCUGGGCGUCCUCGGAGUCGGGGGACUGGCGGCUCGAGCGGACGGAUAUAUUGGUCACGACCUGGCUCUUGCACACGUCUGAGGGUGAGUCCCCUGCCGGGACUAAGAGUAAUCAUUUCUUGACUAACAG